AUGCUGCCGCUUUGUUCAUGCUCAAUAAGCCCAAAAGUAUUCGUCCACCCGUCCUGUGAUGACCGUGUGGACACAGAGGUGACCUCUGCUCUUCGUCCGCUGACCAGAGGAGUGCUGAAAGCGAAAGCUUCACUUGUGACCCUGGGGGUUGGAGGUCACUCUCGAGUCAAACACAGGCCAGAUGACCAACAUUCAGAGGGAGUUAGGCCAGGAAAAUGUCACUUUGUUGCCACACGGGGUAUCUGA